AUGGCGCCUCCGGAUAAUAGGUACGACAUCGUCAUCGUGGGUGCCGGCCCCGUGGGCAUCCUCUUGUCGCUCUGCCUCUCGCGCUGGGGAUACAAGGUCAAGCAUAUUGACAAUCGACCAGUGCCGACCGCCACCGGACGUGCAGACGGUAUUCAGCCGCGCUCGAUAGAAAUCCUCCGCAAUCUAGGGCUGAAGCGUGCACUGAUGGCCUGCGAACCAGCUAAGGUUUUUGAUGUAGCCUUCUGGGACCCUCUACCAGGGGGAAAGGGUAUUCAUCGAACUGGAAACUGGCCCAGUUGCCCUCGUUUUAUUGAUACAAGAUACCCAUUUACUGCAUUGGUCCACCAAGGCAAAAUUGAGAAGAUGUUCUUGGACGAAAUCGAGAAGGCCGGAACCCAUAUUCAACGUCCAUGGACGAUUGUUGAUUUCAAUAAUACCGGCAAGGAUGAGACAUAUCCCGUCGAAGUGAGUCUCAAGUGCCUGGAUACCAACGUGAUUGAAAACGUCCGCGCCAAGUAUCUAUUCAGUGGCGAAGGCGCACGAAGCUUUGUGCGUCAGAAGUUGGGCAUUGAGAUGACAUACAAAGACCAGAUUUCCUUUGUUUGGGGUGUAAUGGACGGAGUUGUUAGGACAAAUUUCCCAGACAUCCAGACAAAAUGCACCAUCCAUUCAGACAGUGGGUCAAUCAUGGUGAUCCCACGCGAGGACAAUAUGGUCCGGCUGUAUGUACAGAUUGCCUCUUCUACCGAUCCAGAUUGGAGUCCCAGGAAAACCGCCACCGCCGAGGAGGUGCAAGAAGUCGCAAAGAAGAUUCUCCAACCGUACAGCAUUGAAUGGGACAGGGUUGAGUGGUACUCUGUUUAUCCUAUCGGACAAGGCAUUUCUGAGAAAUAUACGCUGGAUCACCGUGUUUUCAUGGGCGGGGAUGCUUGUCACACUCAUAGCCCGAAAGCUGGUCAAGGCAUGAACACUGCUUUCCACGACGCACUCAACUUUGCCUGGAAACUUCAUGCUGUAGAGAGUGGCUUUGCACGUCGAUCGAUAUUGGAGUCUUAUGAGACCGAGCGUAAACAGAUUGCCGAAAAUCUCCUGAGCUUCGAUAAUAAAUAUGCCUCACUAUUCUCAAAACGCCCUCCUACAGCAGAAGAAGUGGGUAACGCAAGAUCCAGUGCUGUCAAUGCUGAGGAGGAUGACUUUGUCAAGACCUUCAAGUCGUCCUGCGAAUUCACCAGUGGUUACGGAGUCGCUUACGAGCCAAACUUGUUCAACUGGAGUCCUAGCCAUCCGGCUACUUCCCCAUUAUUUAGCAUCGACGGUGUCAAACUGACGCCUGGACGUGUUUUUACACCAUCAAGCGUCACUCGCCUUUCCGAUGCCAAUUUUGUCCAUCUGGAACAAGAAGUCCCUGCCAACGGCUCGUUCCGCAUAUUUGUCUUUGCCGGUUCGCCAGUGAAAAACAAGAAAGCCAUCGAAGACUUUGCUCUGAAUCUGGAGAAGGAGAAAUCAUUCUUGUCUGUGUACCGCAGACUAGACAUCAACAAUGUAUCCUACUUUGAACGCCACAACCCGCAUUCAAAGCUCUUCACAAUCAGCGUUAUCUUUGCUGCAGACAAGAACGCGGUGGACAUCCAGUCUCUACCCCAAAUAAUCAAGGACUACCACCACCAUAUCUAUGCCGACGACAUUCCGGAUGUCCGUGUGCCCAAUGCCAAGUUUUCUGCCCAUGAGAAGCUAGGAUUUGAUCCCGAGCAGGGAGGUGUUGUGGUUGUUCGGCCGGACAGCCAUGUUGCCUGCACAGUCCAGCUAGUUGAAGGAAGCGGCACUGUAGAUGCACUAAAUGCUUACUUUGGCUCUUUCUCUACGAGCCAGCUUGGGCAGACAUCUCCAAGUCAUCUUUAA